CCCGCCUCCGCGCCGCUCCGCGACGGGGCGGGCGGCGGCUUCGUGCCCGCCGCCGGCAUGGAGGCAGCGGGGUGGCGCGGACGGGUGCGGGGGGUUUCGCUGCCCACCCUCCUCCUUCUCCUUCUUCUUCUUCACGCAGCAGAAGAUUGUCUGGCUCAGUGUGAUAAUGACUGCAAGGCUUACUGCUGCGAUGGGACCGCUCCCUACUGCUGUUCAUAUUAUGCUUACAUUGGGAAUGUCCUUUCAGGCACGGCAAUAGCUGGAAUUGUUUUCGGCAUCGUAUUCAUCAUGGGAGUGAUUGCCGGGAUUGCCAUCUGUAUCUGCAUGUGCAUGAAGAACAACCGUGGCACCCGAGUGGGGGUCAUCCGGACAGCACACAUCAACACCAUCAGCACCUACCCGGUGACUCCACCACCAUACAGUUACGAACAUGAAAUGGAGUACCCAGUCGAUCUACCUCCACCUUAUACUCCAACUCCACAGACUUCAAUACAGUAUCCCCCACCCCCUCCUUACCCUGGUUAUUCUGGGAAAUAAUGGCAUGGCUUCACCCCAUUGUUAACUGGUUGUUGAAACAGCCAGCACCAUUGGAACAAAUAUUUUUGGCUCAGGGACAAGUAGGAUGGGGUCUGUAUCAGUAUAUCUGGUCAAACAUCAAAAUAACCAAGUUUUCCUGUGGCUCAGGACAAAGAAAAAUGCUGUCCGUUCUGGACCAUCACAAUCCAUGGUUAAACAAUGUGUGACAAAAGAAAUAGUCCCUAUAAGUCAGUGCCUGGUGAGUAGCAACCCCUCUGAGCGAUUGGGUAUUGGAGUCUUCCUGUUGAAGAAUGUGCACGUUUCAGGUGAUUCAACAAGGUCUGUUUCAAAUUGCUCAGGAGACAGCUGCUGUGACUUAUUCUGCAUAAAAAUUCCAGCUGUGGUCUUCAAACACAUUACACCUUCCUGUGAAACAAAGGGAAUAAGAAAGAGCAAGGAAGACCAAAGCUUCGCUUUCUACAUUGGGAUAAUACCUAAUGAUCAGCUGUGCAUAUUGAUCUCAUAAGUGCUGCUGGAGUUAUUCAGCAACAAAAAACUGAUGGAUGUUAUUUUUGGCCAAAUGCAGGUUGUUUUAAGUGCCUACUUUUUAAGAAAGUUGAGGCCAGUUUAUGGCCUAAAAUAUAAACAUGAAGAGCAUUUUUAUGUGUGAAUUACACUAAUUUAUCGCUGAUGAACUUUUAGCUGGACUUAAAUAUUCUGCACACUGGACAAGGCUACAGUGCCUUUUUGAAACCAAAUCAUGUGUUGAUUUUAAAUAAAAAAGAAUAUUGAUUUGGGAGUACAAAUGAGAUAAGUAAAAUAAAUCACUUAUUAAAUCAUCAUAGGCUUGUCUUUCAAUUGGGUUGCAUGAAGAUGUUUUAAAAACAGACAGUCAUACUGUUUUCCAGUAAUAAUGGUAUCCACUCUAACCAAAGAUAAGAGAAGAUUUGGAUUGGUUGCUGGGGGUACCUUGGAGCUUUCUCCAAGGAAGGGCAGUUACAUUCUCAUUUCUGUUUCACUGCUCAGAGAUAACAAAUCCUGAACGAGGUUGUCUUCACAAUUGUUUCUGCUCUGGACUUCAUCCUGUGACAUCUCUGCUGCUAAUGUGUCCUCUCCUAAGAUACAGAUGUGCCUCAGUUGAAAUCCUCCUGUGAAGUCUGACUUUCUGUGCACUGGAUUUUGGCACUCCAUACUCAGAACCAUCUGUUGUAGUGUUGAGUGUGCCUUCCAACCUUCCCAUCUGGGCUAUUGGUCAGUGUGAAGAAUAGAAGAAUCAUGUUUUAUUUUCCUGCAGGAAAAAACCUACCACAUCAUUCUACACUACUACCUCAACACCAGAUGGUCUUUCUGUGCCAAAAAGUUACCUGUAGGUAACCAACACUAUCAUUUCCCCCAUAUAUGUAUUAUGUAAUUUCUUUGAACUGAGCAUGCAGACACACCAAUCAAAGAGUAGUUUGUAUGUAAGGAAUCCAGUCUCCUAAAAAAAUAAAGAAAAUCAUCAUAAAUCUCCCUUUAAAGGAAGAAUUUCUCCAGCUGUCACCUUUGUCAGGACAAUUUACAAAGCAGAUUCCUUGAAUAAAAAGGUGUUUCUGGAAAACAACUCAAA